AUGCCAUUUCCAGGUACUGGAGCGUCUUGUGUUUAUGCUUUAUUGGGUGCACGUUGGGCUGGAUGGAAAUUUAUAGCCACAGAAGCGAACGAUGAAGCCGCUCAUGCAGCCAAUGACAAUGUCGUUCGUAAUCAGCUCAGUCAUCUCGUACGGGUUGUACAUGUUAGUGAACACUCUCCAACGCUAAUCAAGGAUUUGACUCGGCAAUUCAGUGAUCUACAGUUUUCAUUCUGUAUGUGUAACCCACCAUUCUUUGAGUCGUGUGAAACUGACAAGAGGUUUUCCGUUGAUACAGCUUCUGGAACCAUGUUGAACGAAUGCGCAGUCGAUUCGUCCGAGGCUGAACGUGCUCCUCCCCGGUCGGCAACAGUGGCACGUCGAGGAGAGCUUGAAGUGGAGGGCGGAGAGGUAGCGUUUGUUGGGCGCCUUAUCGAUGACAGUGUUCUUCUUCAAACCCAAGUCAGGUGA